CGUGGGCAAGGGGAACUCUAUUUUCAGCCAAUGAACAAUUGCCAUCGCUUGGUGGAUUGACACGUCACACGGCUUGGUUGAAUUGGAACGUGUAAUUUGGCUCUGCCAGGCGUACAAGUAUAUAAUUGGCAGCUGCUAGUUUUUAAAGCUCACCUUAGCCUGCGAGUAUUCUUUGUCUUUCUCUCUCUCAAACAACUAAUCUGAUGAAGAUUUACACUAUUGCCUCUGUCUUGGGUUUGGCCGCCGUUGCCACCGCCGAGAUCUUCAUGCACGAAACCUUUGCCGAUGGAGACGCCUGGACCGAGCGCUGGACGCCCUCCACACACAAGGAUGAUCUUGGUGCCCUCAAGCUUACUGCUGGUAAAUUCUUUGCUGACGAGAACAAGAGCGUUGGUCUCCAAACUGCUGAGGACUACCGCUUCUAUGCCGUCUCUGCUCCCAUCACCCCUUUCUCUAACAAGAACAAGGAUUUGGUUAUCCAGUACUCUGUUAAAAAUGAACAGAGCAUCGACUGUGGUGGUGGUUACUUGAAGCUCUUCAAGGAAUUGGAUCCUCUUAACUUCACUGGCGACAGCGAGUAUAACAUCAUGUUUGGUCCUGAUAUCUGCGGUUCCAAGUCCAUGGUUCACGCCAUUUUCAACUACAACGGCAAGAACCACGAUCUUAAGAAGAGCGUCUCUGCUCCCAAUGAUGUUUACACCCACACUUAUACUCUUAUCGUUAAGCCCGAUCAGACCUACCAAGUCUUGGUUGACAAUGAGGAGAAGGCUGCUGGAUCCCUUCUUGAGGACUGGGACUUCCUUGCCCCCAAGACCAUUCCUGAUCCUGAUGCUAAGAAGCCUGCUGACUGGGUUGAUGAAGCCGAGAUCGAUGAUCCCGAAGACAUCAAGCCUGCAAACUACGAUGAUAUCCCUGAAUUCAUUCCUGACCCUGAGGCCGAAAAGCCCGAAGACUGGGACGAUGAGAUGGAUGGUGACUGGGAAGCUCCCUCUAUCGCCAACCCAGAUUUCCAAGGCAAGUGGGCUCCCAAGCGUAUCCCCAACCCUGACUAUCAAGGCCCUUGGGUCCAUCCUGAAAUCGACAACCCUGAAUACAAGGUUGACAACGAGAUCUAUGCCUAUGACUUCGGUCGCGCCGGUUUCGACCUCUGGCAGGUCAAGUCUGGCACCAUCUUUGAUGAUAUCUUGAUCACUGAUGACCUUAAGGUUGCUGCCGAACAGCGCGAAGAAGCUUUGGAAUUGGCCAAGAAGGAGAAGGAAUCAAAGGAAGCUUACGAUGAAGUUCAACGCAAGGAAGCUGAAGAGAAGGCUGCUGCCGAAGCAGAAACUGCCAAGGAAAACGAAGUUACUCCUGAAGAAAUCAAAAAAAAAUCACAACUACCCCCACCCACCACUUUUACUCACCUGCCCUCCAACACUUUAUAAAAUCCUAUUCAUUGAAACAUAUAACUUUUUUUUUGUAUGAUCGAUUUGCGUUGUGGUCAAUCACCAAGCAAUAAAGAAAAAAAAAAAAGAAAAAAGUACAAGCGUAAUUUUUACUCCAAAUGAGCUACCGC